AUGGACCAGGUCACCAAACCGGAAAUGACUAGCUUUCUAAAGCUGCCGGCGGAAAUCGUCAUCAAGAUAUUGAGUUAUCUAGACGUUAGUGAUCUCUAUAACAUUGCAGAAACCUGUCAGUCAUUGAAUCAUAUUAUAAAUGAUGAAGAGCUUUGGAAGAAUCUGUUUAUGAAGAGAUUUCACACAAACCAUUUCAGUUCAAGUUCCAAUUCGUUCAGGUACAGUGUUGAGUUAUUUGAAAGAAAUGAAAUCAUUCAUCGUUGGAAGAAAUCUACUGGUAUGCAUAGAAUUUUCACAAUAAACAGUACAGCUAUAGAGAAGGUUGUUUUAAAUUAUCCCAAAUUGUUAUCUUUCAGUGAUCAAGGGGAUAUCAAUAUAAGCUCGUUAGAAAGAGCUAAAACAGAAACUACAAUUCCAAUGACAACUCCAAAUGGUUGCACGUCAUAUUCAUUUAACACAUCUGCUUCAGUGUUUGGUAGAAUUGAUGGUAAAAUCUUUGGAAAGUUAUUGGCAACAAGAUCUUUUUUAAGCUCCAUGUCAGAAUUCAAUAGAGCGCACGAAGGAAUGGUCACUACAAUUCAUAAUGAUGAUUCAAUGUGUUAUAGUGGUGAUGAAAAAGGCAAAUUGUUCACUUGGGAUUUGAAAAAUGGUGAAUUCAUACAAGAAUUUGAUGUUUCAAAUGAAGCUAUCAUUAGUGUUAAAGGAUUUAAUAACCUGAUUGUUGCAUUAGACUCUCAAAAUGUCUACAUUAUUGAAAGUGAUACCGUGCGAUCUAUCCCACAUUCCUCAGGGUCUGAUUUCUUUGAAGUUGAUUUUAGUGGUGGACUAGUAAUUGUUGGAAAUCAUCAUGAAUUAUCAGUGUAUUCAUAUCAUAGAUCCUCCUUUGGCAGACAAACAAAGUUAUCUGUUGGUGAACAGGAUGAAAUUUGGAAGGUUGCUUUAGAAACAAAAACCAUUUCAAGUAGGGAUUUGAAAAUUGCAGGAUAUGAUGGGUGUAAUUUCGGUGUUGUGACUAAGUUAGGUAGAGUCAUGACUUUUAAUAUUAGAGAUUUGAGAUUGAAAGCUAGUACGGGUCUACUUCAACCGCAGUGUGAAAUAGUCCCUAUUUUUGAUACACUUAGAAUUCCAGAUGGGAUACCACCAAUCAGUUCAAUAUCUAUAAAUUCCACAGUGGUUUUAUUGGGAAGCUAUAAUGGGUUUGCGGCUGUAUAUGAGGUGUUAACUGGUGAAUUCAUCAAACUGGUAUCAAACAGAAUCCCAAAAAGGCAUUUGCCUUUAACUCAACCGCCUUAUUUGAUUCCUGUGAAAUUUGUUGAAUUAUCUCCAAAAAAUCAAACUAAUGGUGUUUUGAUUGUUAAUAAUGUUGUCCAAUACUUUCAAUUUGGUAAGGCUUUACAUGAUGUUCAAAAUAGCCAAAAGAAGAAGAAAUUAUUAACUGGUGUCUUAAGUGAUAGAAAGGUUAAGUUGAAAAAGAAAAUCAAACAUGAAGUUGAUGAGUUAGACUAUGAAGCUCAUGAACAAUACAAAAAAGAUCAGUUACUCGAUAAAUAUAAUGGAGUGGAUCUUACCGAAUGGGAAGAAAUGGAGCUGGCAAUGGUGCUGAACCAUUCUCUAAAUGAUCAAUCACACAACACUGGAAAAGAGCUUGAAGAUGAAGAUAGUGAUGAGGUUGAUGCAGAGUUAUCUAGAGCUCUUGAGCUUUCCAAAUUAGAACAUAAAAAUGACAAUUGGGAUGAUGGUGGUGCUUCAAGUGAUAACUAUACCGGUGCGAUAGAACAGUCUAGCGUAACUAAACGAGAACCAAUAGAAAGCAAUGCCACACGAGUAAUUGAAGAUGAUGAUUUUGAGAAACAGAUCCAGGAGGCGUUGCGAAGAUCGUUGUACGAAUGAUUAUGGAUUCAUCCAGUGUUAUUACUAUUGUAGAUUAUUAGGUAGAAUAUUUGCAGUUUAUCGAGUAGCUCAAUAAAGAGAGAAACCUAAGACCGAGCUAGUAACCUAGCAUUGAAUUAUAUUGCCUAUUUCACAGAAAGAUUGAUCCUGAUCUCGAGCUUCCUUUAUUACACAGUUUUUCAGUUCAACAAUUUUAUUCAACCGUGAAAUCUGUCAAUUCUGAAUCUUUAAACGAGAUCGUACCAACUGGC